AUUCAGGGUAUAAAUGAACAGGUAUCGCAGACGUUGCUCAUUCCGGGUUGCUGAUUUGGAAGAAGUUCACUUCGUGCUUACAUUUAAAGGACUCAUCAUGUCGUCUAAUGACGAGGGAAAGCUUUUUGUCGGUGGCCUGAGCUUUGAUACAGAUGAAAAGGGCUUAGAAUCUUCGUUCUGCAAAUACGGAUGCCUCUCAGAUGUGGUGGUUGUGAAGGAUCGUGAGACAAAGAAGUCUAGGGGCUUUGGGUUUGUCACAUUUGAGAAUGCUGAUGAUGCAAAGGAUGCCAUGGAAGGAAUGAAUGGAAAGGUUGUUGAUGGAAGACAGAUCCGUGUAGAUCAGGCUGGAAAAUCUUCAGGUGACAGACGUGGAGGUUAUAGAGGGGGAUCUUCUGGAGGGCGAGGAUUUUACCGUGGUGGUGGUGGCGGCAGAGGACGUGGUGGAGACAGAGGCUAUGGAGGAGGUGGCCGAUAUGAGAGGAGUGGUGGUUAUGGCGGGGGAUCCAGAGACUACUACGGAAGUCAAAGGAGUCAAAGUUAUGGUGAUCGUUCAGGAGGAUCCUACAGAGACAACUAUGACAGCUAUGCUGCAAACGACUAAAACUCCUGACUCAAGAUCAUCCUUCCAGUGGCUGUAUUUAUAAAGAUUUUUGGAGCUUCGCAAAACAGUUAAUGUGUAGUCUAUUGAAUUGUGUUCACUUUUUUUUUUUUUUUUUAAAUAUACCAGUUUGUUAAAUUCUCCUGACAGCCUCACUGGUGGUGCAUAGAACAGUUUUUUUUAUUUCAGUUUAUAACAUUCAGACUAUUUUUGGUUCUAAUGUUCUGGUUUUGCUGUUCUAUUGGGCUGCUCAGAUGGGAGCUCCUUGUUGCUACAAGUUGGCAGGUUCAUGCCUCAGUGACAGACCAAUUCCUGCUCAGGAAGAGUAAAGCUAUUGCUUUAGCAAAACUGUUAAUGUACAAGCUCUACUCUGCUCCAUGAUCGCUUUUUGAUCACUUUACCUUUCACGUAUAGUGAAGGGACUGAGACCCUGGAAUUUCUUUUCUUCUGCACAUAACUCUGAAAGAAUCCUUUAGUAUAACAAGGUGGGGUACAGCGAGGGUGCAUUGUAAAUAGCUGAACCUCCUUGAUAUAUUUAAAGUGAACAAGAGAAUUUCUUAAUAUCACAAAGUUCUUGAAAUGUUUUAUAUAUAAUUUUUUUUUUAAACGAAAUGCAACUAUUGUAACCAAUCGGCAAAAAUGUAUUUCUACAUUAAUUUGGCUUCACGAAGCCUAUUAAAAGACCAUCUGAAAAGAAA